AUGGGACCUGGGCUAGCGAUUCUUUUGUAUGGGCCGUUCUCGUUGUUUUCUGGCCCCUGCCCGAAACAGGUUGCUACUUGGGUCCAUUGCCAUAGCAACGCAGCGCAAACAACGCCCGAGACCACAACAGACCGCUCCAGCUACGGGCGGCAGCCCCAACUAGCCAGCACUAAUAGCUCACUAUACCACUCCAGUGGAGAGCUUGUCCAGCUGUUUAUGGAGCACAGGGCAGUUGUCAGUGUUUAUUGCAUGGAACACUCUCUCUCACACGACAGCAUUCACUCUCCACUAUUGAGAGAAUCCAUCAGAUGGACAGCUGUCAGUACAUACACACAUGCCUCAAUUGAGUCAAUCUUGCUGCAUGAUCCCGUUCAUCAACUCCGCUGCAGUGCUCUAGUCGUCCAUACUCUAAACGUCCCUUUUCCCACUGCUCGACUGGCCACAACCGCCCUCAAGGCCAUUCAGGUGGACCCUGAACUCUCCCCACUCGUCAGGCGACAGCUCACCGUUGUCCCGGCGCCGACCUCAAAGUCAACCCAAGGUUCACCAAAUGGUCAAGAUGCAGAUGCAGAUGCGCGGCUCCUCGAGGUUCAGUACAGAGCAACAACCAAUAGAAUGCUUCGUGUCGCUGUCAACGGCUUCAUGGAGAGUUUGAAGCUCGUGGUGGAGGUUAUGGAGCAGCUAGAUACUGAUGUCCUUGCUCAACAACAACAACAAUAA